UUUGGCAUUUGCAACCAUUCUCCGAAAUGAUAUUUACGCCAACGUGUCAACCACUUAUUGGAGACCUCAUGUGUAUAAGAGUAGGAGUAUUGAGUCUUUGCCUUCCUCUCUGCCUCACUCGCUGUAUAUCAUUUGGUUGAGUGAUUAGAAAUGGAGAGUCUGCUGAAAGAGUUUGAAUUAGAGCAGAAGAAUCCAUCAGAAGACGCGUUGCUUCGAUGGAGAAAAGCUGUCUCUAAAUUAACGGUCAAGAACCCGCGGCGGCGCUUCCGUAUGGUCGCUGAUCUCGCUAAACGAUCUGAAGCUCUAAAGAAAAAACGAAGCAUCCAGGAAAAGAUACGAGUUGCUUUAUAUGUCAAAAAAGCAGCAUUGCAGUUUAUUGAUGCUGCUGCCACAGCUGAUGCAGCUGGUUAUUUGCCAGCUGAAUACAAGGUUUCAGAGGAAGUCAGGAGUGCAGGUUUUGGAAUUGGACCAGAUGAACUUGCAUCUGUUGUUCGUGAACACGAUUUUAAGGGUUUGAAAUUGAAUGGUGGAGUUGCAGGGAUUGCACGAAGAGUUUCUGUCUCACUGAAGGAUGGCAUUAAUGGAAGCAGUAUACCUAGCAGGCAAAAUAUUUAUGGUUGCAACCGUUAUACAGAGAAGCCUCCUAGAAGUUUUUGGAUGUUUGUUUGGGAAGCGCUGCAAGACUUAACUUUAAUUAUCCUUACGGUUUGCGCUGUGGUUUCUAUAGGUGUUGGAAUUGCUACAGAAGGAUGGCCCAAGGGCAUGUAUGAUGGGUUAGGAAUCAUACUCAGUAUAUUAUUGGUAGUCAUGGUUACUGCCAUUAGUGAUUACCAGCAGUCCUUGCAAUUUAGGGACUUGGAUAGGGAAAAGAAAAAGAUUUCUGUGCAGGUAAUAAGGGAUGGGAGAACACAAGAAAUCUCCAUUUAUGACUUGGUUAUUGGAGAUGUUGUUCAAUUAUCUACUGGCGACAUAGUUCCAGCUGAUGGAAUUUACAUAUCAGGAUAUAGCUUAGUGAUUGAUGAGUCAAGCUUGUCAGGAGAGAGUGACCCUGUGAAUAUAAAUGAUCAAAAACCUUUUCUUCUUUCAGGGACCAGAGUGCAAGAUGGGUCAGGAAAGAUGCUAGUGACAGCAGUUGGUAUGAAGACUGAAUGGGGAAAGUUGAUGGAGACUCUGAAUGAGGGUGGAGAAGAUGAAACCCCACUACAGGUUAAGCUGAAUGGUGUCGCUACAAUUAUUGGAAAAAUUGGUUUGGCUUUUGCUGUGCUCACAUUUUUGGUGUUGACCGGCAGGUUCCUGGUGGAGAAAGGGCUUCAUCAUGAAUUCACACAUUGGUCUUCAGAGGAUGCAUUUGCACUUCUGAACUACUUUGCAAUUGCAGUAACCAUUAUUGUCGUUGCUGUUCCUGAAGGAUUACCAUUAGCAGUGACUUUGAGUCUUGCCUUUGCAAUGAAGAAACUAAUGCAUGACAAGGCAUUAGUUAGGCAUCUCUCUGCAUGUGAGACCAUGGGUUCUGCUAGCUGUAUUUGCACAGAUAAAACAGGAACCUUAACCACUAACCACAUGGUAGUAGAUAAGAUCUGGAUAUGCGGAAAAGCUAAAGAUAUUAAUAAUACAGCUGAAGAAAAUUUGGGAUCAGAAAUUUCUGAAGGAGUCUUGAGCUUCCUUUUGCAGGUUCUAUUUCAAAAUACAGGUUGUGAAAUUAGUAAGGAUGAAGAUGGAAAGAGAAAAAUAUUGGGGACACCAACAGAAAAAGCACUCUUAGAAUUUGGCUUGCUUUUGGGUGGUGAUUUUGAGGCACAACGCAAAGAGCUUAAGAUACUGAAGGUUGAGCCUUUCAGUUCUGAUAGAAAGAAGAUGUCUGUGCUUGUGGAUCUUCCUGAAGGGGGGUCUCGAGCUUCUUGCAAAGGUGCUUCAGAAAUAGUAUUAAAAAUGUGUGACAAGAUUGUCGAUGACAGUGGAAAUUCUAUUCCUCUUUCUGAAGAACAGGUGAAGAAUGUAUUAGACAUCAUAAAUGGCUUUGCUUCUGAAGCUCUGAGAACACUGUGCUUGGCCUUUAAGGAUCUAGAUGACAGUACUACAGAAAGCAGCAUUCCUGAUUUUGGCUACACAUUAUUAGCCAUCAUUGGCAUCAAGGAUCCAGUUCGCCGUGGAGUGAAGGAAGCAGUUAAAACUUGUUUAGACGCUGGAAUUACUGUUCGUAUGGUAACUGGUGAUAACAUAUAUACUGCUAAAGCCAUAGCCAAAGAAUGUGGCAUACUUACAGAGGAUGGCUUGGCCAUUGAAGCACCAGAAUUUCGUAGUAAGACUCCUGCAGAGAUGAGGGAAAUUAUACCCAGAAUUCAGGUGAUGGCUCGAUCUUUACCUUUGGACAAACACACGUUGGUGACCAAUUUGAGGAAUAUGUUCGGUCAGGUCGUAGCAGUAACUGGUGAUGGGACCAAUGAUGCUCCUGCUUUGCACGAGGCGAAUAUUGGACUUGCUAUGGGCAUAGCAGGAACAGAGGUUGCAAGAGAAAAUGCUGAUGUCAUCAUAAUGGAUGACAAUUUUACAACCAUUGUGAACGUUGCUAAAUGGGGGCGUGCUGUCUAUAUAAACAUUCAAAAGUUUGUGCAGUUCCAGCUAACAGUAAAUGUUGUAGCUCUUGUCAUCAAUUUUGUUUCUGCAUGCAUCUCAGGCUCUGCUCCGUUAACAGCUGUGCAGUUGCUUUGGGUUAACAUGAUAAUGGACACUCUUGGUGCCUUAGCACUGGCUACAGAACCUCCUAAUGACGAAUUGAUGAAAAGGCCUCCUGUAGGCAGGCGUGAAAGUUUCAUUACAAAGGCCAUGUGGAGGAAUAUAUUUGGUCAGAGUAUUUAUCAACUGGCCGUCCUUGCAGUUCUCAAUUUUGAUGGGAAGCACCUACUGGGUCUUAGUGGUUCAGAUGCUACUAACAUUGUCAAUACUUUGAUAUUCAACUCUUUUGUGUUUUGCCAGAUCUUCAAUGAAAUAAACAGCCGUCAAAUUGAGAAGAUAAAUGUAUUCCGUGGCAUAUUUGACAGCUGGGUAUUCUUGGCUGUUAUGGUUUCAACUGUGACAUUUCAAGUAAUCAUAGUCGAGUUCUUGGGAACUUUUGCGAGCACUGUGCCACUAAGCUGGGAAUUUUGGCUUCUCAGCAUCUUAAUCGGAGCAGUAAGCAUGCCUGUUGCGGUUGUCUUAAAGUGCAUCCCUGUGGAUAAAGGCACCCCUAAGCAUCACGACGGUUAUGAUGCUCUGCCUACUGGUCAAGACUUGGCUUGAAAAGCACCAAAAGUAAGGUUAUGAGUUGAAACAAUUAUUGCAAUUCUAGAGGAAACACGGGUACGUUUGACUCUUCCCAAAGCCUACAAUGCGUUGCGCUGCUCUGUGCACUAUGACACCAUUAACCCUUUUUCUCGAGAAAAGAAAAGGCCCAGAGAAGUAGCAGGAUGAGAUGAUUAGUUCUUAGGCCUUCACUUCUGCUAACCACCGUUUGUACAAAUAUCACUGGCCUUUUUAGCUUGAUAAACUUCCUAGGUCGUUUUUUUUUUCUCCUUAAAUAAUGGUCAGUACAUUUACAGGAAAGCUUUUUUCAUUUUCCUAAUCUACGAAAGAUGAACAUCAGUGGAAACUGCAUUAUUCUUUGGUCCA